AUGGCUGCCAACCAUCACCAUUCGCCGACACUGCUUCAACUGCAGCAGCAGCAGCAGCAGCAGCAGCAGCAUCAGGCGCAUGCCGCUGCCCACCAGCAGCCCCCGCCUCCCCACCCGGCUGCCCUCCAGCAAGGAGCCCACUAUGGCGCGUCGCAUCCCGUAGCUCAGGUCAAUGAGGCAGUGUGGCUUCAGAUAGGAAGCUUCUCGGAGCUCUUGCGUGUCCCUGACGAGGCCAUGCACGCAUACGAGCGUGCUCUCCAGGCCAACCCCAACUCGACCGCCGCCAUGAACGCGAUCGGCAUGCUUCUCAAGGGCCGCGAGGCUUACGAAAAGGCCCUCGAAUUCUUUCGCGCAAUCGUUCAGCUCGAGCCUACCAACGGAGAGGCUUGGGGCAACCUUGGACAGUGCUACCUCAUGUCGGAAAAUCUCCAAAAGGCCUAUGACGCGUACCAGCAGGCCCUCGUCAAUCUUCGGGAUGCCAAGGACCCCAUGCUCUGGUACGGUAUCGGUAUCCUCUAUGACCGCUAUGGCAGCUACGACUACGCCGAGGAGGCCUUCUCCCAGGUUAUGCAGAUCCAGCCCGACUUUGAGAAGGCCAAUGAGAUUUACUUCCGUCUUGGCAUAAUAUACAAGCAGCAAUCCAAGUUUGCCAACAGUCUUGAGUGCUUCAAGUACAUUGUCAACUCGCCGCCUGCUCCCCUGUCUCAGGAUGAUAUCUGGUUCCAAAUCGGCCAUGUUCACGAGCAGCAGAAGGAGUUUGAUGCUGCCAAGAACGCCUACAACCGCGUUCUCGAGAACACUCCUAACCACGCCAAGGUCCUCCAGCAGCUGGGCUGGCUUCAUCAUCAGCAGAGCAAUGCCUACGAUGUGCAGGAGCGCGCGAUCCAGUACCUGGAGAAGUCGGUCGGCGCCGAUAACCAGGACGCCCAGAGCUGGUACCUCCUGGGCCGUUGCUACAUGUCGCAGCAGAAAUACCCCAAGGCGUACGAGGCCUACCAGCAGGCCGUGUACCGCGACGGGAGGAACCCGACCUUUUGGUGCUCUAUCGGUGUGCUGUACUACCAGAUCAACCAGUACAGGGAUGCCCUUGACGCCUACUCUCGCGCAAUCCGCCUGAACCCCUACAUCUCCGAGGUCUGGUACGACCUGGGCACUCUGAUCACCGAUGCCCUGGACGCCUAUCAGCGCGCUGCCGAGCUCGACCCCACGAACCCCCACAUCAAGGCCCGACUUCAGCUCCUGCGAUCGGGCGCUAGCAACGGCGGUCCGCCGCCCACCGCCCCCCAGCCCGCCGACGUACACCCGCAAGCCUACCAGGCUGCCGGCCCCGUGGGCCCUAACUGGAACAAUGCCGUCCAGCAGCCCGCCAGCAACGGCCCGCCUCACACACCUCAGGGUACGCCCGCCGGUGAGAACUGGGCCGGCAGGCUGUCCAACGUCAACCCUCCUCCCCAGCCCCCCAACCCUUUUGGCAAUGAGCCCCCUGCGGCGGCGGCUCCUCCCGCCGACUCGUACCGCGGACAGCCUCCCCUGGGCCCCCAGCGUCAGCCUACCCCCCUGCAGGACGUCCGUCAGGGCUACCCGGAGCCUAGCCGCUCGGCCGCUGCCGCGCGCCGGGUCCAGUCUCCAGCCCCCGCAGCCCACUACGCGCAGCCUCCCCCUCCAGCUCAGGCCCCCCCUCCCCACGCCGUGGCCCCGGAGGGCCGCGUCGUCAACCCCAACUGGUCCGGAGCGACACCUUCGGCUGCCGCGCCGCCUAGCCACAGCGCUGGCGCCGGCAUCGUCGACGGGGCGACCCCCUUCCGGGCUGCCAACAGCCCUCGCCUCGAGGGACGUAUCAUCAUCCACGACACGCGCAUGCCGUCCCCCAAGUCGGCUUACCCGCCUCAGUCGGCGUACGCCCCCCAGCCUGAAGCCCCCCCGCCUCAGGCGGUGGUCGAGGCUAGUCUGCCUCCCCCCCCGCCGCCGCCCCCGGCUGCUGUCGUGGCCCCGGAGGUGGCGGCCCCUCGUGUAGAUGAGCGCCCCGGCUCGACCGGCCCCAAGCGUCUGCGCGAGUGGGAGGAGGAGUCGUCGGCCAAGAAGCAGGCCAACGAAGAGAACCGUGCUCGCCUGGAGGAUAUGCAUCACCGCCGUCCGUCGACGCCGCCUCGUGACGGUGGCUUCCGCCGCAACUCCGGAUCCGACCUCAGGCGCAGCGACGAGCGCCGCCGCUCCGACGAGGCCAAGAGGUCCGUCGUUGCCGCCGCCAAUGAGGAGCCUCCCCGCCACCCCCGCGAGGGAUACCACCCGUCCGAGGCUGCCCACCACCAGCACAACCACUCGUCUUCCAACUCGCAGCCUCCGCCCAUCCCCGCCCCCACCGGCGUUACGUCGGCUCCCGGCUCGACGACGGGCAACUCCCUAGACAAGACGGUCUCGGCUGCCGCCACUCCCAAGGAGGAGCGUGCCAACCCGGCCGACCAUGCUGCCGCUGCCGUUUCCGGCACCCCGGUCCCUGCCAGCGCCGCUCCGGCACCUCCCGGUGAGCCCGAGCGCGCUGCCAGGAAGAUGGACGUCGACGACGACUAUGACGACAGCGGUGAGGACGAGAAGAAGGCGUCCCUUGCGAAGGUGUCGGCCGGUGUCAAGAUUGAGUCCGAGACGUCCCCCGCCGCUGCCGGUGCCGUGAAUGGCAGUGCGACCGCUGUUCCCAAGGCGGAGUAG